GAAUUCUCGUCUUUUUGCAGGAAGCUAUGGCGGACGGAAAGGGUGACAUUGAAUUGGCCACAACGGCCGAUGGCGACCGCACACCGCCCGAGCUGGCCAGAGCACAGGAGACCAUUGCAGGCACGCCCAUCGACUCCGACGAGAAGCACGCCCAGCAGCACAACGGCGGCGCGCUCGAGAGAUACAUCAACCUCAUCUCGGCCAUCAACUUUGGUUUUAUCCUGCAAUGUUCCUGGGAAGCAACCGCAGUGACCUUCCAGUUCUCCCUCACCAAUGGCGGCCCCGCCGCCAUGGUGUACGGGAGCUUGUUCGCCGGUAUCGGCACCACUACGAUCGCCAUGUCGCUAGCGGAGAUGGCCUCAAUGGACCCUGUGGUUGGUGCACAGUAUAGGUGGAGUGCAAGAUUUGCCCCUGGGUGGAACGAGUUUUGGGGAUUGAUGCAGGGCUGGAUCACUAUCUUCGCCUGGAUAUGCUCUUGCACCUCGAAUCCUGCCAUUCUCUCAAACAUUAUCGUAGGGCUGGCCAUUUUCAAUUACCCGGACUACGUGCCUGAAAGAUGGCACGCCACGCUUAUCAUGUGGGCGUUCACAAUUCUGCCGUUCAUCGCAAAUUUCUGGUUUAGACGUCUUCUUAACCCGCUCGAGGCCGUUGGUGCCGUCUGUCACGUGCUCUUUUUCGUCAUCUCCAUUAUCACCUUAGUGGUGCUGGCAGAACGGAGCACUGCGAGCUACGUGUUCGAGACUUUGACCCAUGAUGCCAGUGGAUGGUCCAAUGCCGCUGUGUCAUGGGGUAUAGGGCUGCUCUCCGUUACCUACCCUCUCACAGGUUUUGAUGGAGUGCUCCACAUGAGUGACGAAGUCAAGCAGGCCAAGACCCGAGUACCCCGUAGUAUGAUUGCGGCGGUUUCCAUGAAUGCCGUAAUGCAGUUUGCAUAUGUCGUCUGCAUACUCUUUACGAUCGGAGACAUCGACAAAGUCACCAACACACCUACACUUCUUCCCAUCAUCGAGGUCUACCACGAGGCGACUGGCUCUAAGAGCGCCACGAACCUGUUCAUUGUCAUGAUCGCCAUCAUCAUAUUGAUCGCUUUUUUCAACGUGUUUGCGUCGGUCUCGCGACUAGUCUGGGCGUUCUCAAGAGACAAGGGACUUCCCUUUUCGGGAUUCUUUGGAAAGGUCAACACCCGCCUCAAGAUGCCCCUCAACGCGCUUGGUCUCGUCGGACUUGUAAUUUUCCUCCUCGCCAUCAUCAACAUCGGCUCUUCCACUGCUUUCAACGCCUUCAUCUCGCUGCCGGCCCUCGCUCUCUACAUAUCCUACUUCUUCCCAAUCUUAUUCUUCUUCCUGCGCCGAUUUUCAGCGAAUAAGCCCGCCCCCGGACCAUUUAGCCUCGGAAUAGUGGGGCUGCCAGUUAAUAUGUUUGCCUUGAGCUAUAUCAUCUUCACUGUAAUCUGGAUGCCGUUCCCGACCGUCCUGCCGGUUACGGGGAAUAACAUGAAUUAUGCCGGCCCGUUGGUUGGCGCGGUUAUUAUUGGAGCAUUGAUCGACUGGUUCAUCAGUGGACGUAAACGGUUUAAGGUCCCUGUUGCCCGUGAGAGGCCGGACUUUUAGAGGAGUUGGUGUUUUUGGCUCAUCCUAUAUACACGCUCAGAUCAAGAUUCUAUAUAGAUGCCACGAAAUAUACCGAGCGAGCUAUUUUAAACUAGACAUU